GAGAUGCGACCACUGUGCGAUUGCUGCAGUCGAAACCUAUUCAAUAGCUUGUGACUGCCAACUUAGAAAACUACUUUAGUCAAAGACGCAACGCCCGAGAGUUACUUUACAUACCAAGGGAGAUUGCGGCAUCAUACCCCGCCCAAAGGCUGUCACGCUGUCAAUAACAGUAUAAGUACCGACACUGCGAGGCGGUCAACUUCGUCUGAAUCACACAGCAGAUAUGGCAGCACAGGAUUUUAAUUUUUUGCUGGCGACCGACUCAUACAAGGUCACACACUACAAACAAUAUCCACCCAACGUGAGCAAAGUUUACUCGUACUUUGAGUGCCGGCGCCGGAAGGAUGGCGGGGCCCAGUUCCACGAGGUGGUGUUCUUCGGCCUGCAGUACCUCCUGAAGAAGUACCUGGCAGGUCCCGUCAUCACGGAGGAGAAGAUUCAGGAGGCCAAGCAGUUCUUCCAGAUGCACUUUAGACAAAAGGUGUUUGAUGAAGACGGUUGGCGAAGAGUUCUGGAGAAACAUGAUGGACGCCUUCCCAUCCGGAUCAAAGCCGUUCCUGAAGGAAAAAUCAUUCCGAGGGGGAAUGUCCUUUUCACAGUUGAGAAUACAGAUCCAGAUUUCUACUGGCUCACCAAUUACGUUGAGACCAUGCUGGUGCAGAUGUGGUACCCCAUCACCGUGGCGACGAUCUCCCGGGAGUUCAAGAAGAUCCUGGCCAAGCACCUGAAGGCCACCUCAGGCAGUCUGGAGGGCCUGGACUUCAAGCUGCACGACUUCGGUUACCGGGGGGUGUCCUCUCAGGAGUCGGCUGCUCUGGGAGGUGCAGCCCACUUGGUGAACUUCUGCAGCACAGACACCGUGGCAGGACUCCUCAUGGCCCAGCGCUACUACAGCUGUCCUAUGGCCGGCUUCUCCAUCCCCGCUGCAGAACACAGCACCAUCAUCUCGUGGGGCCGGAGUCGGGAGAAGGAGGCGUACGAGAGCCUGCUGGAGCAGUUCCCCACCGGGCCCGUGGCCGUGGUCAGCGACAGCUACGACAUCUUCAAGGCCUGCAGGAGCAUCUGGGGCGAGAAGCUGAAGGAGCGCAUCAUGGAGCGCAGCGAGGACUCGGCGCUGGUCAUCCGGCCCGACUCGGGAGACCCCGCCGAGACCGUGCUAGAGGUGAUAAAGAUUCUGGAGGAGCGUUUCGGCAGCUCUUUAAAUUCGAAUGGCUACAAGGUGUUGCCAUCCUACCUGCGCAUCAUCCAGGGUGACGGCAUCGAUUUGAAUUCUAUCGAGGAGAUUCUGGAGAAGCUGAGCGAGAAAGGCUGGAGCGUGGAGAACGUGUUCUUCGGCUGUGGCAGCGCCCUGCUGCAGAAGCUCAACAGGGACACGCUCAACUGCGCCUUCAAGUGCAGCUACGUGGAGUCCACCAACGGCAAGGGGACGGAUGUGUACAAGCAGCCGGUGACGGACCCGUCCAAAGGCUCCAAGCGGGGGCGCCUGUCCCUGCGCAAGAACUCGGACGGCUUCAUCGAGACGGUGGAGCGCGGCGCGGGCAAGCCAGAGGAGGACAUGCUGGUCACUGUGUUUGAGAACGGCACCAUCCUGCAGGACUACACCCUGGAGGAGAUCCGCAAGAACGCGCGGCUGUCGGAGGACGACAUGGCGCCCGCGCAGCACAAUCAUAACGAGCUCAACGGCCUUCACCACAAGCACAUCAUGAACGGCGUCCACUGAUUGGACAGUCCAUUUCCUCACCCCCCCACCCCCCACCCACCCCCCCAGUCUGUCUGUCUGCACUGUGUGUACCACUGCCCCCGUUGACCCCGUAACACUGACUCAAACUGACCUGUCGUUGUCUCUUGAUUGGGGGUCAAAGAUCAUGAUUGCGCUUCUUUAUCUUGAUACUUAAAGCAGCACUAAACAAAAGAGGAAAGAGACAUAUUUUAACGCCACGGCUAAUGUCUGAUUCCUUCUUUUAAACCCACAGUGUUUUGCCAGCUAAAUUCGACUGGCUUUUAAGACUGUUUGUUUGUUUGUUUGUUGUUGUUUUUGAAAGACUUUUAAGCGUUCCACAGAUUUUAUUUUAUUUUGUUUUGUUUUUUUUCCUCUCUCUGGUAGCCAUUUUUCUUUCAAGCUGCUGCAGCACUGCACCUUGGCAUUAGCACGCAGCUCUUUUGGAUGCCAAAUGGUUGACUUUUGGGACGUGUAUUCCCGGCUGUGUGUAUAUACUUUUGUUGAUUUUCAAGCGACUGAGAAGAUUUCUUCCCUUUGGCAUCACGUGGAGGUGUUUCACCUGCCUCUCUUCCAAGUCCAAAGACACAUGGGAGCAUAUAGAAACUACAGCAUCCAAUCAAGCAGCUUGAUUCCUUCGUAUGUGUCCAGCUCAGCGAUUGCCUGUCCUGGCUGUUGUGUGGCCUGUAGUUGCACCCUGACCCUGAUCUUCUGCCAUAGAACGGGAAGGAUGUCUGUUUUAAGCCAUUACCUUUAACCAUAGGUAAAAUCGGUUUCAAUUUCACCCGGCUGGUAACUGUUGAUGACUAAACAAAUGCUCCAGUGAGCAAUCACUAACUGCCAUUGUCCCUCUAUGCAGUCCGCCAGGCAAGACACAUGCUCCUUUAAUGAGAGAUUUUCCUUUUCCUCGACUAGACUGUUGUAGGCUCUGUAGAUCUGUAGUGGUAAUGAUGUAAUGGUACACUGAAAAGAUAUAUACUUGAUAUUGUUGUUAUUAUUAUUAUUAUUAAUUUUUGCUCUGAUUGACACGCGCACAUUGAAUAUGUGUUGGGUUUGGUUGGAGAGCACAUGUUGAGUUUGUGCAGAGGUGGGGUAGGGGGCAGUUCUGAAGGUCCGCUGGUCUGCAGCUCUAGAGACCAGCGGCUGCCUUUAGAACCUCUGGAAGGAACCUGUCAGAGAGGAGCCGGUUCCUCUCGGGUCACGGCACGCAAAUUGUUCUUCCUUUUCUUGAAAACUGCAACGAUUUCUUUGUCAACCUUGUAUGUGUGUGUUUGUUUGUUUGUUUUUUUGUUUGUUUGUUUGUUUGUGUGUGUGUUUGAGAGAGGAUGUAUUUGUGCUGCCUUAAUUAGCGAGUGGGGAAUAUACAUGGCAUGUUAAAAAGUUAAAUUCCUUUGGCCCUUAUAUCUUCAUGUCGCUGUUUAAGAAUAUGCUGCUGCAUUUAAAUGUUGUUGUUGUUGUUUUUCUCUGGUGGCCAAUUCAGGCAAUGCUGUUUAAAGAAAUAACCAAUUUACUGCGUAAUUUGACAAUUUGAUAUGAAGCAGUUGACCCUACCUCCUUUUUCUAUACCAACAAUAAUGUAUAUUAAUAUAAGAUUUGAUGAUAAUUCACUAAAAUAGUGUAAUAUUCUUUUAUGUAAAUAUUGAUGAAUAUAUUGUUUUUCCUUCUUUUUGCUGUACAAAAGUAAUAUUUUGUAUCAGAUAAUUAAACGGACCUUUUACUUAUAACUUAACAGCAA